UUUUGAAGAUUCAUAAGAGAUUAACAAUUUUGAAAGAUUUAUAAUCUUUCUUCGAGUAAGAAAAAUAUUUUUCAAAUGGUUUCAAGUGAUUAGAAAGAUUUGAAUUUUAAUUCGUUUAUUUGUCUGUUACAUCUUGCGCAUUAUGUCGUUUCCACAACGUAAAACUGAAUGUAAUCUUCGCAGCAAUGGGCGUAAUUCGAAGACGCGUUUCGAAUAAAUUACAACUUCCAAGAAGUAGCUAGCCUCGAGAAAUCGUUAGCGCUUACGUUGAAGUUUCACGGACACGCUCCUGCUAAAAGUUAUUUUGUAUCUCUAAUACGUAGCUACUUUUCUUAUGCAGAAGACCGAAUGAUGACUCUUUUCUAUUUAUCAUUUGGCGCGUAAGCAGUAGUACUAUCUGAGGCGGUCGAUGUGAAAUUUAUUUUCGGAAUACGAUGACCAUUCUUGCAUCGUCGAAGCACCGACAGAGGGAAAUCUUGUUUCGAAUCAUAUUGAAGAUGAACAGUAGAAGAAACCUUUAAGUAUAUUUGCUUUUUCUUUUUUAUUUAUAUUUAUAUUGAAUAUACAAUACAAUAAAAAGUGUGAGAGCAAAUAAAUCAUGGAUAAAGUACAAAGUGCUACUUAUAUUGGGGUAGAUACCCAUUUAUUAGAUUAUUGGGAAGAAUAUCAGAAAAUGAUUGAAGAAACUAAGAUGUUAGAUGAUUAUCUUGAUGAAGAAUGUCCAAGAAAUUAUGAUGAAGGUGAAGAGGAAGCUGAAUGGUUACGUGCCGCAGGCUUAGGAGAAUUAACUGAGCCAUGGAAAGCAGGUAGAGAAGUUCAACCAGAAGAAUUAGGAGCUGCUUUACGUCCUUUUUCAAGAGCACAAGCAGAAGCUGUAAAACGAAGAGUUAAAUCUCUCAAUCAUACCGUUAAACAGCGUUUCAAUCAAAGACAACGUGUAAGGAAACCAGACAUCAGAGAUGUGUUCAAAGAUGUGGAGAUUUCCAGUACAGGCACAAGAUCGAGAAGCGCUACACCUGAUUCGUUAGAUUCUAUUCCAGGUGAAACACCAGAAAAUGCUUCACCUCCUUCACAACCAUCAAUAACUGUAAUUGAUCAUCAAACAAGUAUCAAUGUUCCCAGUUUUGUAUCAAUAUUUCAUCGUUCUUCAAAUGAAGGAAAGGAGACGGUUAGAAGAACACCAAGUGCACCAACAACAGCUACAAAUUCUGUGCCAGUUUUGACAAAUGCUCCAGUUCCUGUUCAAGAAAUCUUUAGGCGUACUGGUCAUUCUUCUCGAGGAGAUGUUGCUAAUGAUUCAGAAGGUAUCCAGCUGACUGGCUAUCACAGAUUAGGAACAAUACAUCUUUCUAGACCACCUAUUCAAAAACGUAGUGGUAGUGAUCCUAGUGAAGUAGCAAAUACAGCAAACUUAGAUAAUGAAAAUAUUGGAAAAUUAACAGUUUCUAAAGACUCGACAUUGCGAAGAGCUUCAGGAGGUCAUGCAACUGUUUCUAGGAGUCAUAGUAGUUUGUAUGGUUUGUCAACGUCUAAAGAGGAGAAUUUAUUAUCUCAUCCAUUAAAUCGUACUUCGUCGCAUGGUCAUCUGAGUUUUGAACAAAUGUGCAGGGCAAAUGAAACAAAGUCACAAGUAUGGGUAACAGAAAAUCUUCCAACCAAUGAUGGUUUUUCUCAACAACGUAUAGAAUCACUAUCCCAACGUGAUUUAACACGAUUACAGCCACUUUUGUGGCUUGAACUCACAGCAGUUUUUGAUAAAUAUAAUGUACCUCUUAAAAAACGUAAACCAAACAAACGUAGGAGAAAAGCUGGGAAUUUAUUUGGUGUAUCGUUAUCAACUUUAUUACUCAGGGAUAGCCAAUUAACAAAUGAAGAAAGUAACAUUCCUUUAGUAUUCCAAAAAGUUCUCAGCGAAUUGUCUAAACGUGGAGUAAAAGAAGAAGGUAUUCUUAGAGUUGGUGGUCAUAAACAAAAGGUUGAAUUGAUAUGUACAGAAUUAGAAACAGAUUUUUACAGCAAGCCAAAGGAAAUUGAUAAUUUAUUUAAACGCAUACCAUGUCAUGAUCUUUCAGCAAUUCUUAAAAAAUUAUUACGUGACUUACCUCAACCGCUUCUUACAGUGGAACUUAUGGAUGCUUUUUACCAAAGUCAUGAAGUAAAGAAUCCUACCGAUUUGUCAUAUUCUUUAAACUUAUUGGUGCUACUUUUACCAAUAGAGCAUCGAUGCACGUUAAAAAUAUUGUUAACCUUUUUUAAAUUGAUUAUCGAUAAUCAGAAUUCAAAUAAAAUGUCAAUUCAUAAUGUAGCGAUGAUAGUAGCACCAUCGCUAUUUCCACCACGUUAUGUGCAUCCAAGUGAUCGUUCUGAUUUAAAUGCUCAAGUUAAUAUGGCUGCCAUAUGUUGUCGGGUAACAGAAGCAUUACUUAUUAAUGCCGACAAAUUAUGGUAUGUACCAACUAAUCUUAUAAGUCAAAUGCGCAGACAGUCCGAAGAAGAAAAAUAUCGCAAAUACAAAAAGAAGUAUUAUUAAUAACAAUAAUCAACAGAUUAGUAUCGUACUGUUCGAUUGGUUGGAGGAUAUAGAAGUAUAGUAAUAAUACCUUUGGUGCCUCUUAAUUAUGUUAACAAGAUUUCUAGGUCAAAUUUGUAUUUUAGAGACUAAGUGAAAUACGAUUUGAAAGGAUUGCUUUGAAAUCCUUUGUGUCCAUAUGUAGUCAAAAGCGGAUUUUUUGAUAUACCUCAUAUUUCCGAUGAUCAUUCCUGCAUUAGUCUGACGUAUAUAAUAUAUUCUAAGUUCGUUUGAGAUCAAGUGCAGUAACUCAUUUAGUUAACAUAUUUAAACGUGCAAUAGUUCAAGAGAAAAGAGAAGAAAGAAUGUAGAUUUUAUUCUCAUAGUUUGAUAAAAAUUUUCUUUUAUAAAUAUUUGCCUUGUAGGAGUCUAGUAUAGUAGUUUAAAAAAGUUUUUGUUCUUUUUUUUUACAAUAAAGUAGAUUUAACGCUAUAUAUUGUAUAAAUGACCGUAAUUAUGUCCGUGAUUAAUUUAUUUGUUAAUAUUAAUCACAAAAGUUGGAUCUCGCCCACUGAGUAUUGUUUCAUAUUACUUAAGUGAUUAUGUGUUAAAUUGUUGAGUAAUAGGUAGAAUCGGCGAACGCAUUUUUUUCAAUAUUUACUAUUAUUAUUAUUAUUAUUAUUAUUAUUAUUAUUAUUAUUAUUAUUAUUAUUAUUUUUUAUGUUUUGUAUAUCUAAAGUCAACAAUAAUUUUUACUUGUGAAGUAAGAAUUACUCAUUAGAUGAAUUAAUUACGGUCGAUGCAAUUAGUUAUUAUUACGUGCUAUAAUUUUCUAACAAUAAGUUCAUUUCUUUUAUAAUUAAUAUUUAUUAUAUACUUAUUUUAUUGUUGCAAGUGGAUGUCUCGAUCCGAUGCAAAAAUGACAAAUGAUUUCUUUAUUAUAUAUAAUUUAUUAAUUUUUUUUAUACUAAUGGAAAUCAUUUUCAGAAUUAAUUGGAUAAAAAUCGGACAGUUGAUUAGAUUCUUUCCAAUUUAUUUCUUCUAUUGAUUUUUACUUAUUAUAUACACACGCACACUCACACAUACAUACAUAUAUAUAUUAAUGCUAAUUUAAUAUACAAUACGCGAUUGGAUUAUAUUUAAAUAUUGAUUUCAUAUUUCACUUUUGUGAAAGUCGUUUUUCUACGCCAUAUAUAAUUUUAGAAAUUUGUAUAUAACAUUUUGCACAUUGUUAUUUCGAAUUAAUAAAGUGCCAAAGAAAAGUACAAGCACAUUUUAUUAAUAUACAUUUUUUUCCAGAGAAAAAUCGUUAGAAAAAUGAGAUUGUUUUUUUUUUCUUAGUACAAAAAAUGUUCAUAAAUUUUCUUUCAUGAAUAUUUUAUUUAUUUAUCAUGAUCUUAAACAAACAUAAUUAUCGACAUACACAUACAUGCAUAUGUAUAUAUAUAUAUAUAAAUAUAUAUAUAUAUAUAUAAAUUUAUCGAAGAAUAAAUAAAUAAAUUAGAUUAAUAACUAGAACAAAACAUCGAUCAAGUUUAUUUUCUACGUUUGUAUUAAAUUAGGAUUGAUUUAUCGAAUCAAUCUAUUAAUUAUCGUAUCGAUGCUAUUACUCUUUCGAGAUCGAUAUUACCAAUUAUAGGAGCAAAAAGAUCAUUAGAUAAUUCUCCGGGACAGCAUCCAGUAAGGAUAGGUAAUAGAAACAUAAUUUGCGUUAAUCUAUGACCACGAUCACCUUGUUUUCGAAGAUGGCCGAUGAAAGUUUCCACAGCUGAUUCUCUAGCUUUCAUUAUCAAUCGAAUGCCAUCUGUAGUACGAGCGAUUUCUACAUUAAAAAAGAAAAAGACAAUUAUUAUUUAAAUAAUGAUUACUAAUUCUUUAUCAGUAACAAAUUGUAUUAGUAAAAAUUUUUAAUUACUUCUUUGCUAAAAAUCGAAGUUGUUUUGAUAUUUUUAAAUAGCGCAAUGCCAAGUAGUUUUACAUUCAAUUUCUUUCAUUGAAUGAUAAAAUAAUAAAAAAUCAUGCGAUGAUCUUGUAAAAAAAAAAUUUAAUUAUAUAAAUAAUUCAGAACGAAAAAAUAUAUAAUUUUAAUCAUUUUCACAUAAUUUUAAUCAAUUUCGUAAUUGCGACAAAGAAAAAGAAACAAAAUAUAGAAAAAAACUCUUAUACGUUUACCAGGUCGACAUAAAGCGAAGGUCUCCAAAAUGGACAAUUCAGUGUCAUCAAGACGUAAAUUGGAGAUCGUAGUACGUGCUGCUUGUAAAGAAACAAAAGCACUUUCGUUUCCUGUUGCAUUUGUAAUACCGAAAUUCGUUAAAUCGAAAGGCCAAGUAGCGGCACGUAAAACGAAUACCGCUGACCAUGCUUUCCGUAGAAUCACAUUUUGUUCUUCGAUGUCGAGAAUUGAAAAAUCACGAUGUCGUCGAGCCCCACGUAUCGUAGCGAGAAAUAUUUGUGCCGAAAUUUCAUAUCUAAUGGCAUCACCUGAGAAACAUUUUUUUAUUAAAAUUUAAAAAAUGUAUCUUAAUGAACAUAUUGAAACACUUUUAUUCAUAUUUUCAGUAAAUUUUUAGUAAAUUAAACCAUUUGUAAUAUUAAUAUGUAUAUAUAUAUAUAUGUAUAUAAUUUAUAAAUAAUAAAAAUAUAUAUUUUAUUAUA